CUUCACAAAAUUCUCAAAACUUCUCACAUUCCUGGCGUCUCACAAUUCUCCUCUUUUUCCGGCGAUCUGUCGCCGGCCGUCCGAUCACUUUUCCGAUCAUCUCAAACCCUAAUUCCGACCCGAUUCUCCCAAAUCACCCGUUCCAUUACCGUUGACCUAACUUUCCAAUUCCCCAAUUUGUUCUCCAAUUCACUGAUUUCAUCAACCCUAAUGGCAUUUCGUCACUCCUUGUAAACUUUCUACAACUCUCCCCUUUAAUCUCCGAACCCACAAUUCUCUACAUCUUUCUCAGUUUAUUACAAUUCAUAACCAUGGCGAUCCGAUUAACCGUCACUUAUUCCGGCUACCUAGCCCAAAACAUAGCUUCCUCGGCUUCAUCAAAAGUCCCAGGUUGUCGUUUCUUUCACGAAUGUACUACAACCGUCCGAUCUCGCAUCUUCCAUCAAAAACCCGAAUCACCCCCAAAUUACUCCGAUUUUCGAAACCGGGUCAAACCUAAAACCCGACCCGUCCGGUCUUUUUCAUCCGGUUCAAUAUGUUCAUCACGUGCUCUUGAAUUUCUUUGUGAAAGUUCCAAUUCACCUGUGGCUGUUGGAUUGAUUUCAUUGAUGAAGUCAUCUUCUACAAUGGGUAUUUCACCAUUGAAAGCGUCGUCGUUUCUUCCUUUUUUACAAGGUUCAAAGUGGCUUCCUUGUAAUCAGCCAAGUAGUAAAUGUAGUGAAAGUGAAAGGGUUGUUGUUAGUAAGGAACCUUUGGUUAGUGAAUUGAAGGUGGUUAAUAAGACGUGUUGGGUGUCAAAGUUGUUGAAUAUAUGUUCUGAUGAUGCAAAAGCUGCAUUUACAGCGUUGAGUGUUAGUAUAAUGUUUAAAUCAUCUUUGGCUGAACCAAGAUCAAUUCCAUCUGCUUCUAUGUCACCUACUUUGGAUAAAGGGGAUCGUAUAAUGGCUGAAAAGGUUUCAUAUGUUUUUCGGAAUCCUGAAAUUUCAGAUAUAGUGAUAUUUAGAGCACCGCCAAUCCUUCAGCAUAUUUUUGGUUGUAGUGCUGGAGAUGUCUUCAUUAAAAGAGUUGUUGCAUUAGCUGGGGACUAUGUUUAUGUGCGUGAGGGUAAACUGUUUGUGAAUGGUAUUGCUCAAGAUGAAGACUUCAUUUUAGAGCCCCUUGCCUAUGAAAUGGAACCAGUGCUUGUUCCUGAAGGCUGUGUGUUCGUGAUGGGGGACAAUCGUAAUAAUAGCGUUGAUUCUCAUAACUGGGGUCCACUUCCCAUUGAAAACAUUAUUGGUAGGUCAGUAUUCAGAUAUUGGCCUCCGUCCAGAGUGUCGGACACCCUACAUGGCUCACUAAUGGAGAAGAGAGUAAUUGCAGUUUCUUUGAUUUUGAAGUAUGGUCUCCAUGUAACAAUUUUCUCUGCUGUGUUGUCAAAAAGAAACCGUUUAAUGCUUAAUUGCUUAUUUAUUUCUGUGGUGAUCGUGGUGAGUAAAUCUGCAUUUUCUGGGAAUGCUUUUGCAAAUCAAAGAUCAAUGAUGAUCCAUACCCCUUUCUUUUCUUCUUCUACUUUUCUCAUACUCUUUGUUCUUCUCUCUAUAUCCCCAUCUCUAAUUUCAAUUGCCACGUCAUCCUCCUUACCUUUCAAUAUUUCUCACUAUCUUUAUCCAAGAAUCAGCUACGUGGAAUAUCCACAAUUGUCACCUAAUCCUCCUUCAUUUCUCCAGGAUGUGUUAAAGGGGAUUGCUGAACGAGAGAAAUGGGAUUUGCAGGACUUAAGAGUUUCCAAAUUGGAUGUAAAGAAAUCGAAGUUUGGGACUUUAAGGAAGUAUGAGUUUCGCGUCCGAAUUGGGAAGACGGAAUUCGUAUUCAUGAUGUCAGAUGAAGUAUCUCACUGGAAAAGCUUUCAUUUUCCUAACAAGAAUGAGUCUGAGUCUGACUUCGAGUCUUUGGUUAAAGAGAUUGGUUCAAAGGCUACUCUUGAUGUCCUAAAAAUCCAAGGGCCAUUCGAAUUGUACGCUACUGGAGAUGAUUACCUCUCACUGACCUUACCUCUGAACUCUUCCUAUACGGGGUUGAAAAAGAUCCUUGUUGGUGAGGGCAUCAGUGUAGAAGUUAAAGGUGCUGACGAAAUAUCAAUGUUCAACAUCUCUGAUUUACUGAAAUUGGUAAAUGGAAGCAUUUUGACCAAGUCAGGGAGCGGUCAAUUUGGAUAUAUGUCGCAAUCGUGUUGCAUACCGUUGCUUCCUGUACAUGCAAGGGGACCUACUUCAGUACUUGCCUACAUAACCAGAAACCCUGAUUUAAGAAUUGAAACUACGUUUGUGUCCAGAAGAUCUAUCAAGUUGCUAUCUGAAAAAUGUUAUACAAGGCAUAUAUACAGAAAACGGAGCUUGUACAAUGAUUUUCUAAGCCAGAAGAUAGUAUUACUGGAAAAAGUGCUAAGGAGUUUUCUAGGUGGCAAAGCCAGUCAAAUUGCAAAUUUCAAUCUUAUAAAAGUGAAAGUUAAAGACUUGACUCUUUUUCGCUUCCAGUUGGAGUUGGAAAGAGGUAUUCAGAACAACGACACAUAUUGGACUACUUUAGGGGAGUGGAGAACAAGGCCAGUUGUUGAGCGUUCAUGGUUUGAAGUAACUGCAAGGUUUGAGGCAGAGAUCUUGAAGCCGCGUUUGAUUAAGAAGGUCAGACCUUUUAUUGAAGUUGAUUCAUCAUCAUGGAGUAAUUUGAUGUCAAAUUUGUCCUUUACCAAAAUUUCUUCUUUUCUUGUCCCACCAGAGCCUUUAACAUUGGAUGUUAGAUGGUAGGGAAUAACAGGUUGUUUAUUUAUUUAUUUAUAACCAGUCUGGCUUGCUGUAAUGUAGAUUCUUAUCUUCCUUACUGUGCAAAUUGAAAAUGGUGCCUGAUUUGUACAUCAUAUCAUUUGUAUAUUGAAAGUCGUUGGAAAGGAACUAUAAAAGAUUACCUGUUUUGUGAA